AUGACUGCCCCAUAUCUGAGCCUGGCUGACCUCAUUCUAGCUGCCUGUCCCCCAGUGGCCCGCGUCAUGGCCUCGCAGAGCGAGUUGUGCGUACACUCCAGCCGGCACGGCCUCUUCUCCUUCUGCAGCCUUGGGUGGAUGCUGCUCUUCGGUAUCCUGGCUGCAGAGACACAAGGAGUCUUGGUGGUGCAGCCACGAAGACUCAGUAAGACUUCAUCUUUGGAGCACGUUAAGAUACUUCCCAGCCGGAACCAACCACCAGAAGUGGAUAAAGUGGACAAGAACGGAUGCCCUACUCGGAAGAAGGUCCAUAAAGUGACUGAAGAGCUUGUCCUAUACUCGGAUGCACACCUUGAGGCCUGUUUGGAUGGCACCCUGCUGGCCAGGGACCUAGGAGCUGUGGACAAGAUCCCCUUCACCAAUGAGCAGCUUUCUAUUUUCAAGCGCAAGCUAGACAAGAUUUAUCCUAAAGGCUAUCCUGAAAAUAUUAUCCAGAAACUGGGCACCCUAUUUGUGUUUAUGUCACCUAACGACAUCAGAAAAUGGAAAAUAACGUCUUUGGCGACACUGAAGCAUCUACUCUCAGUCAAGAGAGCGAGAAAUGCUCAGGUGACUGCCCUGAUAAAGAAUUUUGUGGCUACGAAGGAGAAGAUCGACCCGGAAACCCUGGACCUUGCAGCUAACUUGAACCCUGCCUAUCUAUGCGUCUUCUCUCCUGGGCAACUCCAACACCUGAAGCCCUCUGUCCUCCAGGAAGUCCACCCUCAGGACCUGGCGAAGUGUUCUCAAUCACACAUGGAGGUUCUGUUCUCCAAGGCCCGCAUUGCCUUCAAGAAAUUGAAAGGGGCCAGAUACUUUGGGAAAAUCCGGCCUUACCUGAGGGGUGUCACCACUAAAAUACUGAGAGAAUUCAUCGAAAAGAACGAGAUCAUAGAUGUGCCCACAUACAAAGCACUUCGGCCAGAGACUGUGAAGCCCCUGACGUCGGAUGAGGUGCGGAAACUGCUGGGGCCAAACAUAGACGAACUGAUGAAGGAGCUACAGAAUGCGGACGAGUCGAGCGAGCAGCGGUCGCAGCAAGCUUCGGCAGGAUUUGAGCAGAUAGACAUCCCCAACGGUGUCGUAAUCAUGGACUUGGGUACCAAACUUGGGUAG